AUGUUUGAUUUGAGCAAGUUUCAGAAAGCAGGAACACUCAUUGAUCAGGUCUCCCUAGUUGGUAAAGUCAUGGCGGACAAGGACGAUGGAAUGGCGGAGGAAGAGGUUAAGCAGAAUGACAAGCAUAAUUGGGGCGCUGCGGAUCUUGAAAAGGUGAACGUUGUGGAAGAGGAGAAAGAUGACCUGAAAAUGUCGUCGGAUGCCUUGGGGAAAAUUAUUGCCAACCCUCAGCAGCCCCAACGCAAAAUAGUCAACAUCAAAAAGGACGACUUGGAAAUGAUCAUGCAUGAGCUCGAAUUACCCAAGAGUGUGGUCGAAAAGAAGUUAAUCGAAGUGAAUGGCGAUCCGAUAGCCGCUAUCAAAAGCUUUAUGGGGUUCGAUACCUCCUAG